CAAACAGAAUUAACUCGAGAUAACCUGAGAACGUCCGCAUUCGUCCGCGUUCGCGAGAGGCGAGUGCUCGUUUAAACGUCACGCUACAAAUAUCGACUGUAACCCAGGUUCACCCUGCACGAUUCGUCAUGACGUGGGCACCGUUGCUGGCAGGACUCGUUCUACUGUCGGCUAUACCGUCCGGUCAAUCACGAAGCAUCCAUGAUGUCAAAGGCCAAACGCGAUGGAGGCGCAGUAUCGACCUAAACGACGUCUACUCGAAGGUACGCUAUUACAGAUUGUCGAGCAAGGUCACACCGACCAAUUAUUCAUUGGAUAUCGAACUCGUCAACGAGACCAUGUUCCUUGGUCGCGUGAAGAUCAACUUCACCUGGUCCGAUACCAGCGACAGGAUAACCCUGAACAUCCAUCCGGAUCUUCAAGUCUCAUCCACCACUGCGAAACUGAUCCAAUCGUCGCCAGAGGAACCGGAGAUCAGCUCGUCGCUGGGCGUCAAUAUCGCGAGAACCGAGCGGCAGUAUCGAAAGUCCUAUUACAUUAUCCAUCUGGAGCAGAUGCUGAAGAAUGGGAGCAUUUGCGAGGUCACCAUCGAAUAUGCUGGAAAUGUCACGAGCAACGAGACCGCCGGUCUCUACAAAAGCUCGUACAUGGAUUCCGAUGGGCGAAAGCACAUCUUCUUCGCUACUUAUGUCCAAUUAGACAACGCGCAGAGGCUGUUCCCCUGCAUGGACGAACCACCCUAUAAAGCGACGUUCCAAUUGAGCGUGGUGCGCUUCCAGAAUUUGAAGACAAUCGCAAACACGCCGCUAAAGACUUCCAAGAGCUAUCCCGACGGCAAAAUCCGAGACUUUUUCGAGGAGACGCCGCGGAUGUCGACGAAUCAAUUGGCCUUCGUGAUAUCGGACUUGCAGUACAUCGAGCCGCGUAAGGUGGAUAUCAACGAGAUUGACGGACAAAAGCUGCGAGUGAAGGUUUGGGGCCGUAAGGAAUUCAUGGACUCGCUGGUCGACGUUCCAGACAAAGUCGCGACGGUCGUUAAUUACCUGCAGAACUACUUCAACAGCUCGCUCGGCCUGCCGAAAUUGGACGUGAUGGCGAUUCCCAUGUACGGCGCUUCCAAAGCCUCCGAUAAUUGGGGUCUCAUGUUCUUCAAGGAGAGCGAACUCAGCAGCCCGCUGCUAUGGACCACCGCUUACGAAAUUCUCUAUCAGUGGAUCGGCCAAUCCAUCACGCCGUUCCGUCGAGACAAUGCACCGGUCAACAAGGCUCUCAAUUCGUUCCUGGCGUCUAUGGCGACGGUUGACCUUAAUCCGGACGAGAUGGAGGGAAAGUGGCCGAUGACGAUGUUGUACCCUUUGUACUAUGAAUUUGCGCAAACCGCGCCUUUCUCCAGAGUGGCCGGCAUUAGAUACGAAGCGAUAUGGACGAAAGUCGAGUUGGUUUUCCGAAUGUUCAAUUAUACGCUGGGUCGCGAGCUUUUCCAAAGGAGCGUGAGGAAGUUCUUCCAUCAGACGAAAGAGGACCGCAGGACCUUCUUCACCGAAGACAUCUUCACUCGUCUGAACGACGUGGCGAAUGAGACGAACAAUCUGCCGGCCGGUCUGACCAUCAACGGCAUCGCCAAUCCGUGGAUCAACCGGGACAGAGUGCCGUUGGUGACGGUCAUACGCGAUUACGAAACUGGAAAAAUUAAUCUCAGCCAGAAAGUUUACUUGAGAGAUACACCACCGCAAUCGACGGCCAAGAUAUCCUACCAGUGGGACAUUCCGAUCGUGAUGCAGGCUGAGGAUAAGUUGAACUUCUCCAACACGAAGCCGAGUGUGUGGCUGACGAAGGAGAACGAGCCGAAGAAUUUAACCAUCCCAGACAUCACCGACGAGGACAAUUUUAUCAUCGUCAAUCCCGAGGAGAUAGGAAUGUUCCCGGUGAACUACGACUCCUGCAACUGGAAGAUGCUCUCGCAGUAUCUGCAGGGUCCGGAUCGCGAAAAGAUACCGCCAUUGACGAGAGCGAAACUCCUGCACGACUCGUGGAACUUGGCUUACGCCGGCGAGCUGUGCUUCGGUAUCGCCAUGAACAUGACUCUCUUCCUCAGGGAGGAGAAGAAUCACGUAGUCUGGGAGCCGGUGUUCACGAUGAUCGAUCACAUCGGCCGCCGAAUCGAAGGCUUGGACGUGUAUUUGAAAUUCGAGGCUUACAUUCGAAGCUUAUUGAAGCCACUCUACCUGGAGCUGGGCGACAAUGCGCAACCCAACGAUCCCUCCUGGAAAAUUCACAUGCGCGGUCUCAUCAGGAACUUCCUCUGUCGAGCCGGAUACGAGCCCUGCGUUAAAGAAGCUCGGGAUCAGUUUAAAAAAUGGUUGACCGACGAGGAACCGGACAAGGGAAAUCCGGUCGCCAAUAAAUUCCUCUGCCCGGUGUUCAAGUGGGGCACCGACGAUGAAUGGGAAUUCGGAUUGCAGCGCGUUAUAAAUUUCCCGCAGAACAACUUAGCAAGGAAGCAGAACGAACGCACCUAUCUCCUCAAGACAUUGGCCGGCUGUCCGAAGGACGCGAACAAGAUCGAGAGACUGUUGCAAGUGGCUGUGCUGGAUCAGAACGAGAAUUUCACGGACGCGGACAUCCACCUGAUCUUCAGCAUGCUGACCGGCGGCGCGACCGGCUACAGAACUCUCUUCAACUUCUUGCAUCAGCACUGGUACACUGUGAAGGAACGAUUCGAGAACAAAACCUAUCUGUGGAACGGUAUUGUCAACUUUGCCACAUCGUCCUUCAACACACAAGAGGGCUACGACAUGGUGAGCAAGCUCUACAUGGACCAUCAGGACGAGUUUGAAUCGGCGGACGCCAUCGUCAAGAAGGCGCUCAGUAUCAUCAAGCAGGAAACCAAAUGGAACGAAGAGAACGUGCCGGUGAUUGACAGCUGGCUCAAGGACCAUCUGUCCAAGGAGGAUUUGGACGCGAUCGCAACCUCAAUGUCCACCACCGUCCUCUCCACGACCACCGUAGCCACCACGACGAAUUAGGCAGUCGAACGGCGGUAUACGGCAGGGGACGAUGACAUUAGACGCGGGCUCUGUCAAGUGGAUAUCGACAAACUCAAACUUAUACAUUUAUUACGUCGAUAUUUCAGCCACAACGAAUGAACAGUCUGUUUCAUUUGGAGGAAUACUUGUUUAAUCGCUUUUUCGUCGUUUCUUCUCUUUCUUAAGGCAGUUAUAACGAUUUCUUAUAAUUUCUUUGCGAAAUACACAAUAAUGUCGUAAAAAUUCUUUUUUUUUAUUUUUAUUACGUGUAGUUAGUAGUUGGUAUCGCGUAAGUAAAAUCCCGGGAAAAAUAACAGCUUAGAUAUGUAUACGGGUGACGGAAAACUCAUGUUUCCGAGUAAAGACUGGCACGCAUGCGACGUUAUAAUUAGGAAAAAUGUAACAAUCCCGAUAGAUGUAGACUAAACUUAAAAGCACCGAAAGUUUGGAAGUAUAUUGUAUUGUAUAGUUAAAUUUUUAUUUUUGUAAGGCGAAUGAAAACCGCGUAGUAAUCGCUCGUAAUAUAUUUAUUUUGUCCGAUGGACAAAUGAGGAUUGAGCGUUUCUCCCGGAAGAAAAUUACGUGGAAAAGUAGUGCUCACAAUUAUGAAACAAUUUAGCUAGCGGAUUUAGUAUAACGUUAUGUCGAUAAUUAAAAAUAUAAUGUGAUGUUAGACUUUCACAUGUUGUAUCUUACAUCAAUGAGACGCUAUUAAAAAUCCGUCGUCGGUCUUAAACAGAA